AUGGCCUCCGACUCGGAUGAUGCUGCCUCCUAUGCGGCAAUUGCCAAGGCCGCCACUUCCCCAGAGGACGUGGAAGAAGCUCUAGAGGCGGCGGAAGCUGCAGAGCAGCUCGCCCAGACCAACGGCGAUACUAAGGGUGAGGCCUGUGCUGCGCACACCAUCGCGCUUCUGAAGUUCCGGCUGGAGGACUUCGAGGAGGCUUUGGCCGCAGGGCAGCGAAGUUGCGGCCUCUUCCGAGAGCUAAAGUUGGAGCACCUGGAGGCCCGGGCUCGUGCAGGCCUUGCCGAUGCGGCUUUGAGGCGCCGCCCUCCGGCAGAGGCUGAGGGCAAGCGCUUCGUCGACGAGGCCAUGGACUUAGCCGAGGGGGCGCUUCAGACCUUCGAGAG